UUUGAUUUUAUUUCAGAGAAAAGCCCAGAAAUAGGAUUCAUCAUGAUGAACGAAAAAUUAAAAAGUAACAUAAUCAAAGGUGUUAAUGGUUUUGCAGUAGGUCUAGUUCUAUGGACCUUAUAUCAAACUUCACAAGUACCGAAACUUCCAAAAAAGAAAUCAAAGUAAAUUUAAUUUAACAUUUUAACAAUUAAAGAUGGAAGCAGUAAAAAAGGCAAAAGAACGAUUUAGAAAGUAUCCUAUUAUUGUUGCACAAUGCCAUGAAUCUGGAGUUAAAUAUGCUGCAUGUGUAUUGGCAAAAUCCAACUUACAAAAAGAUGAUUGUGAAAGUGAGUUUAAGGAAUUUAAGGCAUGUUUAAUGAAAGCUGCUGCAAAAAAUAAUAUAAGAUUAUAAAAA